GAACAGGGACAGGGACAGUGACAGUGACAGGGACAGUGACAGUGACAGGAGCCGGAGCCGCCGCUCCCGGGAGGAGCCUGGGAGGGGAAAAGGGGCAGGAAAACACCCUGGGAAUACCCGCGGCACCGGGAAUCCAUCGCAGGGCUGCGAAGCCGCCUCACCCAGCAGCGCGGAAUUGCGAGGAAUAUUUGGAAUAUUUGGAAUCCGGGAGAGCUGGGGCUGUUCUCCCUCGGCUGAUGAUGCUGUGCCGACCCCCGGAGCUGCCGGGCAUCACCUGGAUGCUGCUCGCAGGGGACACUUUCCCAGGAGCGAUUUGUGCCAUCCCCAGCCCUGUCCUCGCUCCAGGGCUGUUCCCUCCGGCUCGGGGAGUGACAGGACCCGUCCACAGAGCGGCUGCCGUGGGAUCCUCGGUGCUGCUCCCCGGCCUGGGUAACAACACCCGCAGCAAUUCCACCCUCUGGGAAUUCCUGAGCGGCACCGGCCCCCGGAGCAUCCUGCAGCACCCCGGAGGAGCCCCCGGCCCCGCCAUCCACCCUCCCCACACACAGCGAGCCCUUCCCCACCCAUCCGAUGGAUCUCUGCUGCUGGAGAACGUCCAGGAGAGCGACAGUGGCACCUACAGAGUGACCGGCGGUGCGGGAGGAGGGGACAGCCUGGAAAUCCAGCUGGAAGUGCUCCAGCCCGUGUCCCUCCCCCGGCUCUGGAGCAGCUCCCUCCUGGCCCGGGCCCCUGGGCAGCUCGUCUGUGAGGUGGCAGAGGGCAGAGUGGACAGCAUCACCUGGAGGAAGGAUGGGCAGCCCCUUUCCCCCGGCAGAGCUCCCCGGCUGUCCGGGAGCCGCAGCGUUCUGCACCUGAGCCCGGCCACGAGAUCCGACUGCGGCUCCUAUUCCUGCAACGCCAGCAACGGGAUCAGCUGGCAAGAAACCUCCCUGAAGGUCACCAUCGAAGGUCUCUCCCAUCGCCUGAAGCUCACCCUGAGGAUUGCAGUGGUCGCCGUGGUCUUCGCUGUCAUCUCGGCCUGGGGAUUGAUUAUCCCCGUCUGCCAGUCUGAAAAGCUCAGAAUAAGGGGGGAGCUCUGGAGGUGGCUCAGCUGCUACACCUGCGGGCUGGUGUGCAUCGCCUGCGUCCUGGAUGGCACCGCCGGCAUCCUCUGGAUGUGGGAGGAAGGCCCUUCUGUGGCUGUCAUACUGCCUGAGAUCACCCUGAGCUACCUCACCGUCGUCACCUUCCUGGUGGCCACCACCGUGAUUUUCCAGCCCACUGAUUUCAGCCAUCUGAAGAGCAAAAAAGCACAGCGCACCAUGGGCUACGCCGCGCCGGGAGCCGUGGUGGCCGUGGUGCUGAGCAGUGCCUUCCUCAUCAGGAGCUCCUACCUCCGCCACGAAGAAGGAUGCUCAGAGUUCCUGGAUGUCACUGUCCUGGUGGCCAGCACGGCGGCCGUGUCAGCCCUGCCGCUCCUCGCCAUCGGCCUCUGCUAUUUGUCUUUUGCAGAUCACAAAACCCAGGGCAGGAGCAAGGACAGCGAUGUCUGUUGGAUGGACAGAGCUGGCUCCUUUGAGAUGUCUCAGCCAGGCACCAAGGACACUGCUCCCAGCUGAGCUCCAUCUCGGGGUGUCUCUCACUUCCCCCAGGUUUAGUGGCUUCAGGGCUCUCAGUUUUGGUUCCUCUAUGAUCCUCAUAAUAAAAGUCCAUGAAAUUAA